AUGAUGCCAGAAGGGGAUAACCCAACGCCCCAGGUGCAGCGCCCGCAGGACACUUUCCCGCGGUGUCGAUUCACUUCGGAUUUUUACUCUAUUCUGCGGCCACAUCGGUUCUGCGGGAAAACCGCGGGCGGGCUGUUUCAUCAGCGAAGGGAGACCGGGAGGCCCCCCCCACCGCAGUUGCCCCGCAUUUGUCCUCUGCUUAGCAACAGAGACCUUCGAUGGCAACAACAGCAAGUCAAGGAGCUUCUUCUAGAAGAACGCGUGCUUUUGCUUGCAGACAGCCAAAUUAUGACUUCAGACGCCCCCCUCGCUGCCUACAGCUAUGAACACGAAUCACAGUGUCAACGAUCCGCAGCCCCCUCCUGCGCAGUGGACGCAGAAGCAGCUGCACCAACUGCCACGCAGCAGAAAACAACAAAAUCAGAAUUGCCACAUGCAGAAUUAGAAGUAACAUCAGCUGCCGGUGCUAAUCCGAAGUUGCCGUCGAGGACUUCUGGGUCGCCGGCUGACCUCGUUCAAGCAUCCACUAGCUCCUGUGCAGGCACGAGCAAGGAGAGGCUUAAGCCCGAGUGCAGGAGCUCAAGUAGCAGUUGCAUUAACAGAAAGGACAGCAAGAGCAGCAGCUGCAGCAAGAACAACAUGGUCCAACGGAUUGAUCGACGUCGCGCGGCCAUGUUUUCUCGUAAUGAGAUGCUGACUGCUCAGGACGUAUACUCAGCAGUGAGGUGCAUAACUGAUCCUGAACAUCCAUACACACUGGAGGAAUUGAUGGUGGUGACCCCUGAGUACGUUAAAGUACACUGCUGCAAUAAUUAUAGCACAAGCUCUACAGGAGAACGGGGCAGCAGUAUAUACAGCGGCAUGCUACCGCAGCAGCAGCACCUCCAUCACUGGGUUCAAACCCGAGGACUCCAUCUGGAGAUAAAUUUCCGCCCGACAAUUCCUCACUGUUCACAGGCAACAUUGAUAGGUUUACUGUUGCUAGUGAAGGCACAGCGAGCUGCAGCAGCAGCAGCCAAAGCAGAAACGGCUGCAGUGGAGGUUUCAAUAAUAGCUGGCUCUCAUUCGUCUUUUGCUUCAAUUAACAAGCAGCUCAAGGACAAGGAAAGGGUGCGAGCGGCAGCAGCUAACCCGUCUCUUAAGCAAAUGGUCGACACGGGACUGAAAGGUACAGACGUUUGGGAAGACGUGACAUAG